AGGGCUGCAUCUACCUUUCCACCAGGACGCAAGCCCAAGCCCGGGGCCUGGGGUGGGGGGCUUUGUGACAUAGGCGCCCCAGAACCCCACACCCGCUGAGGCCAGAGGCCAGAUCAAAGCAGGUGGCCCCGCGGUGGGGGGAAGCGGGGCCAUGGCUGAGGCCGUCCAGCCCAGUGGGGAAUCCCAAGGCGCAGAACUUACGAUCCAGAUCCAGCAGCCUGCAGAGAGAGCCCUGAGAACGCCGGCCAGGCGGGGUACGCAGUCAGUGCUCAGAGUGUCCCAGCUGCUGCUCAGGGCCAUUGCGGGCCACCAGCACCUAACUCUGGAUGCGCUCAAGAAGGAGCUGGGAAACGCCGGCUACGAAGUGCGCCGGGAGAUCUCCUCUCACCACGAGGGGAAGUCCACCAGGUCGGAGAAAGGCACGCGCCUGAGGGUCAGUGGCAGCGACGCUGCUGGCUACUUCAGGGUCUGGAAGAUUUCAAAGCCGAGGGAAAAGGCGGGACAAUCCCGGUUGACGCUGGGCAGCCACUCUUCUGGGAAGACCGUGCUCAAAUCCCCCAGACCACUCAGGCCCCGCUCGCGUCGCAAGGCAGCCAAGAAGGCCAGAGAAGUCUGGAGACGCAAGGCCAGGGCUUUGAAGGCAAGGUCCAGGAGGGUCAGAACAAGGUCCACAUCAGGGGCCAGAUCAAGGACCAGGUCAAGAGCCUCUUCAAGGGCCACUUCAAGGGCCACUUCAAGGGCCACUUCAAGGGCCACAUCAAGGGCCAGAUCAAGAGCCCGGUCAAGGGCCCAGUCAAGUGCCAGAUCAAGCGCCAGGUCAAGCGCCAAGUCAAGCACCAGGUCUAGCGCCAAGUCAUGGGCCAGGUCAAAGGCUAGGUCAAGGGCAAGGUCUAGAGCUAAGGACCUAGUGCGUUCCAAAGCCCGGGAACAGGUUCAGGCCAGGGAACAGGCUCGUGCUAGAGCCAGGGAACAGGCUCAUGCCAGAGCCAGGACACACGACUGGGUCAGGGCCAAGGCACAGGAGUUUGUCAGUGCCAAAGAGCAGCAGUACGUCAGAGCCAAGGAGCAGGAGCGUGCCAAGGCCAGGGAACAGGUGCGUAUCGGAGCCAGGGAUGAAGCCAGGAUCAAGGUGAAAGAUUACAACAGAGUACGGCCUACAAAGGAAGACACCAGUCCUAGGCAAGCAGAGGAGAAGAAUUCAAACUCCAAACUCAGGGAAGAGAAGGGACAGGAACCGGAGAGGCCAGUAAAACAAACCACCCAGAAGCCAGCUGUGGACAACGCUCCCAGCAUACAAGGGAAAUCAUGCACAAAGUCUUUUACCAAAAGUGGUCAGCCUGGGGACACUGAGUCUCCUUAAUGCCAGAGCUGUUCCUCUGGGUACGUACGGUUGCUUUUCCAUAUGGGCUCCAAGGAGAUCAGCUCUCUUUCAAUGAAGCAAUUUACAAGACC